UCAGUCAUGAAACGGGUACGCACCGAGCAGAUCCAGAUGGCCGUGUCCUGCUACCUCAAACGCCGGCAGUACGGGGACGCGGACGGCCCGCUGAAGCAAGGCCUGCGGCUGUCGCAGAGCACCGAGGAGAUGGCCACCAGCCUCACAGUCCAAUCAGAAUCUGGUUGUGAAAUAGUGUCUGCGGCCUCUUGCCAGGCAGAGCCCCAGCAAUAUGAAGUGCAGUUCUGACGGCUGUGGAAUUUCCUCACCGAUUCUGAAUCCCAGCACAGCCACGAAGUGAUGCCUCUCCUCUACCCUCUCUUUGUCUACCUCCACCUCAACCUGGUCCAGAACAGUCCCAAGAGCACAGUGGAAAGCAUUUACAGCCGCUUCCAUGGAAUGUUUCUGCAGAAUGCCAACCAGAAGGACGUCAUCGAGCAGCUGCAGACCACCCAGACCAUCCAGGACAUCCUGUCUAACUUCCGGCUGUGGGCCUUCCUGGACAACAAGUACGUGGUCCACCUGCAGGAAGACAGCUACAACUUUCUCCGUUACCUCCAGAGUGACAAUAACACCGCGCUGUGCAGAGUCCUCACCUGGCACAUCCACCUGGACGUGCAGCCCGCCAAGAGGACGGACUACCAACUCUACGCCAGCGGCGGCCCCUCCCGGGGCAAGGGCGGCGGCCUGGAGCCUGCCGACGUGCCCGCGCCCAUCCUGCAGAACGAGGCCGCGCUGGAGGUCCUGCAGGAGAGCAUUAAACGUGUCAAGGACGGCCCCCCCUCUCUCAGCACCAUCUGCUUCUACGCCUUCUACAACACGGAGCAGCUGCUGAACACGGCGGAGGUCUCCCCGGACAGCAAGCUGCUCGCCGCUGGCUUUGACAACUCCUGUAUAAAACUGUGGAGUCUGCGUUCCAAGAAGUUAAAAUCCGAACCCCAUCAAGUAGACAUGUCCCGCAUCCACUUGGCUUGUGAUAUCCUGGAGAAGGAAGACGAUGAGGACGAUAACGCAGGCACAGAGAUGAGGGUCCUGCGGGGACACUGCGGGCCAGCGUACAGCACCAGGUUCCUUGCAGACAGCUCAGGGCUGCUCUCCUGCUCUGAGGACAUGUCCAUCAGGUACUGGGACCUCGGCAGCUUCACCAACACCGUGCUGUACCGGGGCCACGCCUACCCCGUGUGGGACCUGGACAUCAGCCCGCACAGCCUGUACUUCGCCAGCGGGUCCCACAACCGCACGGCCAGGCUGUGGUCGUUUGAUCAGACUCACCCGCUGCGCAUCUACACCGGGCACCUGGCGGACGUGGACUGCAUCAAGUUCCACCCCAAUUCCAACUACUUAGCCACGGGCUCGACCGACAAGACGGUCCAGCUGUGGAGCACCCAGCAGGGGAACUUGGUGAGGCUCUUCACGGGCCACCGCGGCCCUGUGCUCUCUCUGGCCUUUUCCCCCAAUGGUAAGUACUUGGCGUCGGCGGGCGAGGACCAGCGGCUGAAGCUGUGGGACUUGGCGUCCGGGACGCUCUACAAAGAGCUUCGGGGCCAUACGGACAGCAUCACAAGCCUCACCUUCAGCCCGGACAGCAGCCUGAUCGCGUCGGCCUCCAUGGACAACUCGGUGCGCGUCUGGGACAUCAGGAGCAUGCACUGCAGCGCACCCGCCGACGGCUCGUCCAGCGAGCUGGUGGGCGUCUACACCGGCCAGAUAGUGUGUAGCGUGCAGUUCAUGGCCUGCAACCUCCUGCUGGUGACCAGAAUCACACAAGAAAAUCAGGAACAUUGA